AUGUCCAAACAGUUUCAAUUCAAACUCGUUCUCUUAGGCGAAUCUGCCGUUGGUAAAUCAAGUCUGGUCCUUCGCUUUGUGAAAGACCAAUUUGACGACUAUCGCGAGAGCACUAUUGGAGCCGCUUUUCUGACGCAGACUGUCACUCUCGAUGACCAGACGACGGUGAAGUUCGAGAUAUGCAGGGAUACGGCUGGACAGGAGCGCUAUAAGGCACCUAUGUACUACCGAAAUGCUAAUUGCGCCGUCGUUGUGUAUGAUAUUACACAAUCAGCAUCACUGGAAAAGGCUCGCACAUGGAUACGAGAGUUGCAGCGACAGGCCGACCCUUCAAUAGUAAUCGCUUUAUGCGGAAACAAGUCAGAUUUAGCGGCACGACGCCAAGUCUCACAGGAAGAAGCAAAGAAGUAUGCUGAUGAGGAGGGUCUCAUGUGGACAGAAACCAGUGCAAAGACGGGCGAGGGCGUCACAGAGAUCUUUACUGCUAUCGCUCAGAAACUUCCUCUAACUGCUCCUUCGGCUACACGAGCUGGAGCUGGUAGAACUGGUACAGCCGCUAGACCUGGCCUCGAUCUCAAUAAACAAGCUGGUGCGGGAGCUGCAGGCCAACCUGAUGCCUGCAACUGUUAA